AUGGCUACAUUCUUGAAGAAACCUCUUAAGCUUGCCUUGGUGCAGCUCGCAUCAGGCGCGGACAAGUCCGUCAACCUCUCCCACGCUCGAAGCAAGGUCCUCGAAGCCGCAAAGGCCGGCGCACGCUUGAUCGUCCUCCCAGAAUGCUUCAACUCUCCGUACGGCACGCAAUAUUUCCCUAAAUACGCCGAGACCCUCCACCCUUCCCCUCCCACGAAGGAGCAGUCCCCCUCGUUCCACGCCCUGUCGGCGAUCGCCGCUGAGGCAAAUGCAUACCUUAUCGGAGGAAGUAUCCCCGAGCUGGAGCCGGAGACGAAGAAGUACUUCAAUACCUCGCUUGUCUUCUCGCCCUCGGGCUCCUUGAUCGGUACCCACCGCAAGACGCAUCUGUUCGAUAUCGAUAUCCCUGGGAAGAUUACGUUCAAGGAGAGCGAGGUUCUCUCUCCGGGCAACCAAUUGACCGUGAUCGAUCUCCCAGAAUACGGCAAGAUUGGCCUGGCGAUCUGCUAUGAUAUUCGUUUCCCGGAGUCCGCCAUGAUUGCGGCUCGCAAGGGCGCAUUCCUGCUGGUCUACCCCGGUGCUUUCAACACUACCACUGGACCUCUGCACUGGUCUCUUCUGGGCCGAGCUCGUGCGGUGGAUAACCAGACCUAUGUUGCUCUGUGUAGUCCAUCGCAGGACCUGGAUGCGUCUUACCAUGCAUACGGCCACAGUUUGAUCAGCGACCCCAGUGCGAAGAUCUUGACUGAAGCGGAGGAGAAGGAGACGAUUAUCUAUGCGGAUUUGGAUAAUGAUACCGUCGUGAACACUCGCAAGGGCAUCCCCAUCUAUACCCAGCGCCGAUUUGACGUGUAUCCCGAUGUGAGCGGUGAGGGCUCAAAAUGA